AUGUUCCAGAGGAUACGAGGUGCCAUCGACCGCACUAUUGCGGAGGAGCAGGCGCGGCAAAGAACCGACGACUCGCCCAUGUCUAGAUCUGGCUCCAACUCAUCCAGGCAAGGAGCCAACACCGGACGAAGAUCACGACCGAACAACGGCAGUACCGAUGGCGUAGAGGCGCCUCCAAACCCCGAUCCCGCCGUCUUCGAGGCCGCAUUUGUCAUUGACGAUAGUGACGAGCCGAGCCGCACUGGUACCCCGAAGCCAGCAGUCCCUGAGAAAGAUGCCACCCUCUCCAAGGAGCGUACGUCCGAUGAUGGUGACAAGGCGGCCGAUCGGGGGAGUGAAAAGCGCACGAGCACCGAGAAGCCCAAUCAUGCUGCCACCUCAGCCGCGACCUCGAAUGCAACGGUUGCGACGCGCGCGAGCCCGACCGAGUUGUCGCCGGAAAUUAAGCAGCGUCUGCGGAAGCUCGAGAAGCUCGAGGCGACGUAUCCAGAACUUUUACGAUCAUAUCGAGUAGCCCACAAGCGAGCAACCUCCAUAGAGCCGUUUGAAAAGGCCCUGCGUGAGAACACCCCUCUUACCUCCAUUGCCGACCCCGAUGCUAUGAUCGAAUACCUCAACCAAUUAAACCUACGUGGAGACAUGGUCAUGGAUGAGCUGAAACGAGUCUCCGCCGAGAAGGAAGAGAUAAAAAAGAAGCAAGUGGAGGCUGAGGAAUCGCUGAAUGCGACCGAGAAAGAACUUGAACAAAUUCGGGCAAAUGGCAAAAAGGACACUGAGAAGGACGCUAAACCUGCUAAGCCUGCAGAGGAGGAGGCAGGCGAAGACUUUUUCUCCUACGAAGACGAAAUUCCCCAGCUCCAGGCGGACGUGGAAGCGAAGGCAGAGGAGAUCGAGGAGCUCAAAGCGCAGGUUACCAAGCUCGAGGAUGAGCUGUCCGCCGCGAAAGAUAGCAGUGCUGGUCUCGCCGUCAGUCUGGAGAAGGCCACCAAGGAGCUUAGUGAAUCGCGCGACGGGUCCAAGAGCCAGGAGAAGCUGCAGAAUGAUCUUGAUUCUCGAGUCAAAGAAGUUGAACAGCUCACCAACAGAUUAAAGGCUGCCGAAGCCGACUUGAAGAAGCUUCAGGACAGCUCGAGCAAAGACACUGACACCAACGCCAGCAAAGCUAAGGAAGCUGAGGCUUCGCGGGCUUCGGCUGAAAAGCGUGUCACUGAUCUCGACGCGGAGCUCGCCAAGGCUAAAAAUGCUACAACUGUCUCGAAGAACCUUAUUGAUGACCUGAAGGCCCAAGUUGAGAAGCUGAAUAACGAAAAAUCUGAAAAGCAGACCAAGGUUGACGAACUUACAAAGAAACUCAACGAAAAGCCUUCUGGAACACCAGCUCCCGCCUUAGAAACGACUGAGAAGCCGGCGGCACCCGCCGCUGCAUCGGGCGGCUCGAAAAAGAAGAACAAGAAAAAGAAGGGCAAGGGUGCCGCUGCAGCCCAAAGUGUUGUUGAUGACGAUACCGAGAGCAAAGCUAGCGAACCUGCCAAGGAAGAGUCUGGAGCUGAUUCCAGUGCCCUGCAGGCGGAGAUCGAGCAGCUCAAGGAAGAAAUAAAGCAGAAGGAUGCAGAGAUUGAGCGCUUAUCCAAGAAGCGCAAGUCCGAAGAGGACCUGCAGGAUGAGAUUGAAACACUCCGAGACAACCUGGUAAACAUUGGACAGGAUCAUGUCGACGACAAGGAGAAGCUCAAGUCCCUCGAGCAGGAAAAGAAGGUGCUCAAGGCAGAAAUUGAAGAAGCCCAGGCCAAACUAAAGUCGUCGACAUCAAACUCCGAGGAGAGCGACAAGGUUCGAGGAGAAAUGGGUUCUCUGCAAAAGGAGCAUGAUGGCCUGAAGGAAAAGUUUGGUGCCCUGCAAUCAGACCUGGGUGCUGCUCAGCAACUAGCGCAAACACGAUUCAAGGAUCUCAGUGAACUGAAAGAAGUCCUGCAAAAGGCCCAGCCAGAGCUCAAGAGCCUGCGACAGGAAUCUGCUACACUGAAGACGACCAAGGAAGAACUAGCCAAUAAGGUAAAAGAGUUGAAGGAAAUGGAGAAGAAGGAGAAGGAGCUGAAGAAGGAGAUUGCAUCAGCACAGCAGCUUGCCACGGACCGCGCUACUGAGAUUAAGACCCUCAAGGAGAAGCUCAGUCAAGAAGUCAGCGCGAAGCAGAAGCUCGAGGAGACCCAGCGUGUGUCUGGGCGUGAUUUGCGUCGCGCCGAGGCCAGCAAGGUUGAACUGAGUGCCAAGGCCGAAAAGGCAGAGGCUGAACUUCAGAAGCUGCAAGACGAGGCCAAGAAGCUUCGGCCGCGUGUCAAGGAACUCGAGGAGCAGAUGCACAAGUUGAAGCGAGAGAAGUCGGCAGCGCAAGAAGAAGCCGAAUUCAAAUCGCAACAAUACAUUAAUGCGCAGGCUCUACUCAGUAGCAUGCGCGACCAGACAACCGAAAUGUCUGUCCAGCUCAAGGAAUCCAAGUCGCAAGCGGAAGCUGUCGAGGAAGAACUUGCCGAGGUGCAGAAGCUUCUCCAGGAGCGAACACGUGAGGGCGAGACAAUGCGCAGACUUCUUUCCGACGUUGACGAGCGAGCCGACGGCAAGGUACGCGAGAUGCGCAGCCGCAUGGAGGCUGCCAUCGAAGAGCGCGAGCGUAUUGAAGAUGAGUCGAGCACCCUCGCGCGCAAAAGGUCGCGCGAGACGGAGGAGCUCAAGCAGAAGUUGCGCGAACUCGAGCGCGAGAUCAAAAACAUGACGCAGGAGCGCGAUGAUCUGGAUGAAAAGUCUAAAGAAUGGCGCCGCCGUCGGGACGAGCUCGAGGCGAUUGAGGAGCGGGCAUCUGCCGAGGCCGAGGAGAUGCGCACCACCGCGUCGCAACUGCGCAGCGCGCUCGAUGCAUCAGAGAACCAGGUUCGCGACGGCGAGAAGCAGCGCGCCGACCUACGCAAGAUGCUCGACGACUCGCGGCAGCGCUACGAGAAGAUCGCCAAGGAUCUCAAAGCGGCCCAGUCGAAGCUUGUGUCGAGCCCGAGUAGGACGUCGAUUGACUCGAACCGCAGCGGCUCUAUGAAUGGGGCCGGCGGCGCCGGCGGCGGCGCAGACGCGACGUAUCUUAAGACGAUUCUGCUGCAGUUUCUGGAGCAGAAAGACGGGCGUCUGCGUGCGCAGCUUGUGCCGGUCCUGGGCAAGCUGCUCAAGUUUGACAAAUCCGAGGAAGAGAAAUGGAGCAAGGCUGUUCAGCAUUUAGAAGUGCGGUGA